AUGGACAAACAAAAAUACCAACAAGACGUACGAUGUGAUGAGGUCAGGACAAUGAAUGAGGAGACGCACAAAAUGAACCCGUCCAAUGUUGAUAAGGACUAUGUGGCAGGUUGCGUGAAAAUUAAUUUUACAUCUAACCUUGAAGUGAAGGAUAAAGAAAGGGAGGUGAACCCAUGGGGGGAGAAAAGGGGGACCCACUGUAAGCUGAAUGAGGAGACCAGAAGUGCAUACAACGGUGAAGUGUCCGACAUGAAGAACCAGUUUGACAAUAGUAUGAGCCUUACGCAAGGUAACCUUCCUGGAAGCGGGGAGGAGAUUUUGUUGUCCAGCGAAAGAGAUUUACAAGAUGAAGAAAGGGAAAAGGAAGAAGACAUCUCCGAAAUGAACCAAAUGAGCCGAACACAUGUGACUUGUACAGGUGAACACAUAAAUGCACCGAUUCCAGAACGGCAGCGUAGCUGUGAUAGGAAAUGCAUAGAUCUACCCCCGAUGGAGAAAGUCCAAGAGGAAAAGAACCCCCACCAUGGAGGUACAUCUCGGGGAAACAUUAACAUGAAUAACAGCGGUGACGAAAGGAGAGGCGAUCUGGACGGUGCACACAUUUCGGUGAAACGGGAGCAAUAUGGGAAUAAAGUUUCCACUAUUUUGGGGACGUGGUCUAAUAGGGAAGUAUCUGGAAACGAUCAGGUUUUCUGCACCAGAGGAGUGCCUAAAGAGGGAGCGCACCUCCGGGAAGCAAUUAGGGUACCGGGUAUAGGAGCAGAUGACACCGCAGAUGAGGAAGCAGAGAAGGAGUGUACCAUGGUGCAGGGGGGAGGUAACUCUCCCCAUGGGAAAGAAGAGCAGGAGGAACAGACCAAAACUAAUCCUAUAAUACAGCAAGGUUUGAAUGAGGUAAGGAGGAAUAAUUGCAUGAACAGGUCAGGUAGUUACGUCGAUAAUGGAGAGGAACAUAAUAUCUAUGAAGAGAGUUAUGUGGGGAGCUCCAAUUUGCGGAAGAACCUCCUUAGUGAAGGUCACCUGGAUGGGGAAGAAAGACGAGAGGAUGCCUUCCCUGGAGAUGACUCCGACUGGGUAAGUAUCCUGAACAUGGGAGGGACCCCCCCGAAGGUAGAAGGUAGUUCUCUGAAUAGCUGCCCUUUCAUAAAGGAUAUUUUCCAUUUGAGAAAAAACCCACAUGUGGGGGAAAAGACAAGGAAGGUAAGUUCUGAGGAGAAAAAGGAGAAGUGGACCGCAAAAGCGCCGAAUGGGGGAAGUCCCAAAUUACCUGAACAAGUCAGGCAGAUUGAUAACCAAUUGGGAAUAGCCAAUGGAGAAAUUGAGAAUUUUGGAGAGGAUAAAUUAAAAGGGUACCCUUCAGGGGAGGGGCAGAAAACAAAUGUAGGUGAAGCAGAUUUAACGGAAGGUCCAAACGGGGGAGUGAGUCACGAAGGGGGUAGUCCCUUUCCAUGUGAUGUGUCGAUAGGAAUCAUUUCAUCUGCCAAGAUGGAGGCACCUGCGGAGGGAGGAGAAAAUGAAGCAAUUAGUUACAAUGGUGUAGAAAACAAAAGGGUUGCCCAUAUGGAAGAUGGUAAUGAAGAACGUUUUUCAUGUGAAGAACGCGCAGUAGUGUCAUUGGAUAGGGCCCCACCAAGUGCACCUCCAUUAAGGGAGAGCAUACAGGAGAGAAUCGAGAUGGGAAGCGUCAUACGUAUCGACGCAUUAGUCGAAGGAACAGCUACUGAGGAAGAAGGGAAAAUAAAAGACAGCUCACCUGAAAUGUGCAAAGUAAGUCUAGAUGUGUCCAACGAGUUAGACAACAACUCGAGGGGCAACCCGGUCAGCCCAUGCAGGGCAAGCGAAAACAGGUUCACUUCACAGGAUGUAUUGACACAGGAUGUAUUGAGCAAAAGUAAGUACAGCACGGAAAACCAGUCAAUAAGCCUAAUUCCUAGAACGUUUGUAAGUUUAGGCUACACACCAGAUGCGCAUGGGAUAACCUUCACGGCAAGUAGAACCCGUUUUGGCGAACGAAAAGGGAUUCACAUGGUAGAUGCAAAAUGGUCUGAAGGGGAUAAAUAUAUUCUGGAUAAUUAUCAAAGAAGUGAAAAUAUUCCUAUGGGUACAUAUGGAAGUGGCCCCAAGGAAAUUGUUCCCCAUAGGAACGAUGACUACAGCUCAUUUGAGAAGGAGAUGAAUAGCGUCCUGCUAGAUUUACACAAGGAGGGAGUAAAUAUGAACCAGGAUAAUUUCACACAUUUUACCGAUUGUAGUAAGAAGAAGAAGCGAACUGGCAUUCCAUUAAACGAGAGAAAGUACUACCGCGUGCUAGCUAAACAGAUGAUGAAAAUCCAGGGACUAACUUUCGACCAUAAUCAGAUCAGGUGGAUUGCCUACUGGAAGAACGAGAACAACAAACAGAUUCAGAAGCACUUCCCCGUUUGUAAGUACGGGUUCUACAAGGCGCGUCAGCUGGCAUUGGAGUUUAGAAAUUCGAAGUUCGCCUCCAGCAGUCAGACAGUGGGUAGCGAAGCGGUGCCUAUUCAGGGGGUAUCCAUCAGUGAAGUAGACAAACCAGGAAUGAACCCCCCCCAAAGUAGCAGAAAAAACAGCCAUAAGAAGGAUGUCGAAACGCCCAAAUUUUUGGAUCCCACGCAGAAGGGCAGCCAAACGACAGAAACGCGCACCAAAAAUAAAAGGAAAGACGCAAAGGUGGGGAUCCAUAACAACCCACGUAAAAGGAGCCGGAUCAGCAGUAGACGUGUCUAUCUGAGUGAACAAAUUGGUGGAACUGUAAUUAAUCCAUGUCACGCAGAAGGAACAAUGAAACAGGAGAAUGAACCCAAAAAUGUGGAAGCAAAAUCGAAUCUAACAUUUGUCAAUAAGAGGAUAAAUACAUGUGGAGGAAGUGCAUAUGGGGAGAAUAGUCCCAUUGGAAGAUCAACGGUAGGAAGUUUUUCUGGAGGAGGCCAUGCAGGGAUGACAAGACAUGAUUUAAAAAACGUGCAGAAUGGAGACAAUUUUAACAGCAUUCAAAAUUCGCCCCAUUCGAGCAUCGCGCAAGGGUUCCCUGCGUUCAUGGGAAAACACACGACUACAGACGGGCAGCUUCCCAAUAGACAAGAAUACUCGACGGGGUCAUACGAUUCAGUUAACUUCUACGACCAGAAUGCGAUCACAUUAACGGGACCAUACAACAAUGCAUGGAACAGCGAACAUGGGAGAACAAGCAACUACAGUUACAUGGCUAAUAACUUCGAAGCGAUGCAAAGAGGACACAACAUGGCUAUGUCAUCAUUUCGAAUCGGACUGCCAGGUCAGGUAGAUUAUCUGAAUCAUGGCAUCAGUGGAGAGGUUUCACCGAAGGGACAAUUUACGAAUGCGUAUAAGAAUGUGUCGUACCAGAACCCGUUGAACCGAUCGAACCAAUCGAACCGGGUGAAUCCGUUGUUUUUUGGUGGCAAAUACGGGAGGAACCUUCAGACAGUCACAGAUGCAGGAAUUUCGCAUAAAUGGGGGGGACAUACCCAAAUAGGGAAUUAUAUCAAUGGUUCCAAUUUUAAUAAUGGGCAUAUGAAGAACGAGGGGGGGAAGACCUACUCCCCCAGGAUUAGAGGUCUACAGUCUGGGUUGCCACAGCAUAUGAGAAGUGGCACUUACCAGUGCAGUAUGAAUGAGGGGAGGACACAAAAUAUGGGUCCCCACUUUAACGGUGUAAAUAAAGUUGUGGAUUCUACAUGGAACAGUUCAUGUGGGGGAGAGAAUGGAGCAAAUGUUCGUGAUAAUUCGAAUGUGAACAGUUGCGUGAAGAAUGCCCUGGAAGGUAAGGGAGUUAGAAGUAGUGCCAUUUCUAGAGGUAGCUGUGUUGGCGGAAUGGGGAGUGAGGGAAUCGUUAAUUCAGCUGGUGCUAUCUUAGAAGGGGACAACCCAACACAGAACAAGCUAAAGGAGGAUCUGAAUCUGAACGUGCAUAUGCAUAGUAGGGUAAGUGGUGAAAGGAGCGAACGUGAGACGUGGAACCUAACUAGGGCUUCCACAGCGACGCACAUUUCGGAGCACCUGUGUGAACUGAUAAAUGUAAACAGAAGUUUAAAUUAUGAGAGAAGUCAGGGAAGGAGUCUUCCCAUUGAAGGCGUCACGUCAGGCGAAGUGGUAGGGAUGAGGAACACGGGUAAGGAGACCACACGGGGAAAGGCAAACAUUUUAGGAGACAACGAUGAGAUGUUUGGAAGGCGCAUAAAUUCACCUGAACAAUGGAUAAGAAUUCAACCCAUGGGAAAGGAAAAGACGACAAUAAAAAACGCAUGUGUUGAGAGUGGAGGAGCGGGAAAAAUGACAUAUGGCCAUUCCGUGGAGGGAGUAACUUCUGCAUAUGUAGUAGACACCACCGUUGGGAAGGAAGAAGGGAAGACAUCAGAGAGAAACGUUAGUGGAAAAAAUAAAGAAAAAAAAAACAAUUCCUCUAAGAGAACGAACAGAAAGGGGGAAAAAAGUUGUAAUGACUCAAACAUGCAGGGAAACGGUAUAUCUUUACUGUCCGAAAGGGAUAUUGUUAGUAGGUCCUGUCAGUGGUAUGUGGAGGAAGGCAGUGGGGAGAUCAAUCAGGGAGGAAUCUCUAACGAAGGGGGAGUGGUUAAAGAGGUGUCCAAAGGGGGGAAUCGCAAAAAAAGUGCGAAAAGGAAAAAAGAAAAAAACGAAUUAAAUGUUGCACACGUGAGUGGAAAGCAGAACAGAACCGGGUGCAACCAAAUAGAUGAGGCAAAGAAUAAAAGGAGUGAGGAAGUCAGUUCUGCGCUAAGCAGUUCCAAUAAAUGGAUGCACAGUAUGAGCUUGAUCCAAAGGAAGGCUAACCUAAGUGAGGAACCAAAGAAGGGAGCAAUGUAUGAGGAAAGAAACUGCACAAGUGGGAAACAGUUAGACCCGUGUAGCCAGUUGAAUGAGCUCACCCAAAAUGCGCUUUUCUGUGUUUCGCCCGGAGAAUCCAGUGCUCCGAAGAAUGGGGAAAAUGUAAGCGAAAAAGUGUCAGACGUGUUAGCAAAAGAAGAAACAGCAGCGACGGUCGAAAAGGACGAAGAAGAAAUGUGCACAUACAGACUAAACGAGUUGGAAAAAAACAGUUGUAACGAUCAGGAUGAAGAUGAGUACUACUACAACGAGAUCAUGAAAAUGCCAAAAAUUAAAGGAGUCCAUUUUGACAUAAGACAGAAAAGGUGGUGUGCCUAUGGGCAUAAAAAAAAAGAAUGCUUUUCUGUGUACCGUUAUGGGUUCUUAAUUGCGAGGGAGCUAGCUGUGAAAAGUCGAUUGAAGGUGCAGAAAAGGAAGAACAACCAGAAGUUCAAAAAAAAUAAAAAUUACAUGAACGGGGAAAAUGUCUGCGGGAAAAAUGGUGUGUCUGCAGUGAAGAAGGGAAAGACCGUGAGGGACAAAAAAACACACUGUAGUGACAAGUGGGAAAUUUCACAUGUUACAUAUGGUGGAUCAGAUAGAAAUAACAACACGGUAAGCUUGAAUGAUUAUGAUGGUCCCCCUUCCCCGGUUGGCUCAGCGGAAUGCACGUCUACCCCUCAGUUUAACGACCAGAAGGGAGAUCCCAUGGGAGGAACGCCAAUAGGUAACACGAACUCGCACGAAAAUGAUACGCAGAACGAGGUCAUGGAUGAGAGGAUUCAACAUUGCAACGGGACUGAGAUGAACCCAAAUUUGCUUCCAAUAGUUUUGGCGCACUCGCACGAGACGGAGUCGUUAAAGGGACCCACUAUUAGCGGCAGCAUGAUUCGCCCCUACAACGGGCGUGGUGGAAGUGACACUUACACGGAUAACCCUUACGGGGGGUACUACGCUAGCCCAGGUAGGUAUGCAAACCGCAGUUAUACCAGGAGGUACUACACGGGGGAGGUUUCUAGCAGAAGGGGAAACGGUACGAACAACAUUGUCCCGCUUGGCAACAUGGCGCACCAUUCUGAGAAGGACAAAAAUUUAAGUUACCCAGGAAACGUGAACCAGGUGCAGGAACCAUUCGAAUUAUAUGGCACCAAUGAGCAAAUUCGCCUGAAUGGCCAGGUAAAAAGUGACAACUUCUAUGGCGCAUAUAACGCAAAUGGGGAAACGAAUCAGAUGGUGCACUCCAAUGUAGAAAGGGGAACAAGUAAUUUUGUAAGAAUGGGGAAUGUGGAAAGGUGUGUCUUGAGAGGACCCAAUGAAGAGUGCCAGUCGUAUAACGGAGAUGUGAGUUGGUACAAUGUGGCAAGGACAAAUGCGGGCAUGCAGAGGAUGGGUUCUAUUCCGAUGGGAUGCGUUCCUGUUGGGCCCGCCCCAACUUUGGGAAAUGGACCCAUAAAAAGUAACGCCUCUAAUGAAGAAGUGCGAAACAGGUUUCACGGGAUUGAUCUGAUGAACGGUGGGAAUUUUUCCAACAUUAGAGAACAGGUUAGCGGAAAUGAGGUCAUGAGUACGCAAGGGGGGUUCCCCCUCGGGGUGGGUGGCGCUCUACCAAUUGAUGCAAACAAGACAUGCAUCCCACAGAUUCAGCAGAGUAACCGCACGAAUAAUGGAACGAAUACAAAUGGAAUCACUGAUGGGAGUAGCGAAUUUGUGCAGAAUAAAGAAGAAGUCUCAAUUUUAGAGCCCGUGGUGGAGAGCAAGCCGGAAAGGAUCAGACUUAAAAAGGAUGUUGUGCCAAGUGGCUACUGGAGUUUUAUUAACAAUUGGGAGAAGGCUACAACAGUGGGGAGUGAUCAAAGUGGGGGUACUGACCUAACGGCUAAUGGGUUGACCUGUUUGAACAGUGCCCCAUUAAUUAACAGUGGGGCUACCCCUGUGGGGGGAGGUGAAUUUUCAACAUCGUGUAUUCCUGGUGGAGGAAGAAGUGGUAUAGCGAAUGGAGCAGCUAACCGUAUUGAUGGAAGGACGAACGUGGGGGGUCACUUCCUUGGGAUUAGUCCUUCCCUUCAGCACAAAGCUCCUCAGAACAUGCUCCCGCAGUUCCCCCACGCGAACAAUACACAGGGGUCAUUUCCACACACCUUGGGAACACAUCCAGGGGGAAGUUUUCCGAGUGCAUGUGACACCACCUCCAGGAUGAACGCAAAACAUUGGGCAAUCCAAAAAAACAGGGAAGGGCAAAACGAUGUAGGGAGAGUAAUAAACAUGAGUGAGACGAAUUUUCUACAGAAUGAUAUGAAGAGAGCGGUAGUAAAAAAUUAUAGUUCAGUGAGAAGUGUCGAACCAUUUGGGGCACAUAAUUUAAUGAGGAGCACCACCUGGGGAAGCAGGAAUGUACAAGGCGAUUGUGCGAAGGGGAAGACAAACUGUAGGGUCGGGAAAGAACCGCAUCUACAAUAUGACAGAAAUGUGGCACACAUAAGAAGUGGCUACUCUGAAUAUGAUAUGAAUGCCUGCGUCAAUGUGAAUGGCGUCUCAGAGAAAAAUGAAAAGUGCACCACACUUGCGCGCAGAAACAAUGGGAGAGACGCAUUUACAAGCAGGUUGGAUGAUCAGGGAAAAAACAAAACGGACAAACAUUUGGAUGAAAAUGAGAAAAAAUUUUUACAUCAGAUUUUUCAGGACAACAGAAAUAUAGGCCAUAUCGAGGUGGACAUAAAAAAUAAACCAAUAGAGAGCGGCCUUGAGAAAAACAAACGUUUGAACUUCGAGGAGGUUAACAUGUUUCACGAGGAAGUUAGAGAACCAGUCGUCAGUGGGAACACUGCGGGAUUGACUGAAAAUGAGCAUAGAAAUGAAAGGGAUUCUGCCGAAAAAUGGGUUCAGGUAAACGGGAAGGAAGUCUCUCACGACAGGGCAGAUGUGGGAAAGACAGACAGAGAGGCAACAAACAAAGGUGUAAAAAUUAUGAAGAAAGAAAAAAAAAAAAAAAAAGAACACAUAGAAUUUCAAUCGGUUAACCAUAUUUUUCAUCCGCUAGAUGUAGCACAUGCGAAGUGUGAGGAGGAACAGACCCGCAGUGAUAAGAAUAAAAGGAGCAAAAGUGGCUUCACCCAUAUUAGAGGUUCUGAUGAGACAUGCGCGAUAGAGGAGGGGGGUGCACAAACUUGCCUCUUACCAGUUUGCUCUUUGGAAGGAAAGGAAGGAGCAGAGAAUGAGUUAUGUGGUACAGAGGGUACUGCUUCUAAUGGAUCCCCAAUAGGAGUCCAUAUGUUCAAGUGCCACACUAGCAGGAGCGACGCCGAGGAGAGGAGAAGUAAUUUCCCCCUUUCACAAAAUAAAAGGAGUGAGUUAAUUUGCCAAGAUUAUGAUCCGUAUGGUGGGAUGGAGAUAACUACCCAGGAGGGAAGUCAUGGAAAUAUCAAAUCACGUGAAGAACAGAGAUGGGAUAAACUCGUAUUCUUAAAAGGCACUAAUAGGGGUGGUACAGAAAACAUCCUUUGUGAUGACCAUGGGGAAUUAGCAUGUGUUGAUUGUUCCUCCACGUUUAGCAAGACGGAUGGGGAGUCCCCCCAAAGUGGCAUAAAAGGCGAACAAUUGAAGGAGCAUCAACUGAACCCACUGGAAGAAUCCAAAACGGUGCGUCCAUUUGAAAAUCCAUAUGGAAGUAAGAAAAGUGGACACUACAGAGAAGAAGCUGCAAAAGGAGUAGUUUUAAAAAAGGUAACUAUUUCAAGUGCAGCACCGAAUUGCCAUUUAGGUAGGGGCACUGUGGAAAAGGUCAACACCGAAGAUGUGCGCCGUUUUGAGGCAGACAGGAUGAUGGCGGCAGCAGAGGUUUUUCUGAAUAGGGAUUACUUCGACGUGUGUGGAGAUAUACCGUUGGCAGGUGACACGAUGAUCAACGGAGUGGUAAGUGAAGUUCCAGACGGAGGACACAACGAAUGGCGCAGCAAGCACUACCCCAAGCAGGAUUGCAAAAAAGGGACCAUUCUUAAGAAUGUGCAUAUAUUGAAGGAGUACGGAGAGAGGUUUUCCCAGCGAGGGUCAGAGGAAGUGCCAUAUGUAAACGCGUUGGAUGGAAAUAAAAGCGGAGUGGACAGUCUGCUAGACAGGUACUGUUUAUCCAUUUUUGGGAGUAUUAAGAUUAGCGAACUUAUGCCUAUACAUUGUGGGGGCACGGAGAUAGAGGAGGUCCUUUUCGUGGAGCCCUACCGGGAGUACGCCUGUUUGAGUUUACACGACCUGAACAUGAACCGAGCAAAGGAUGUCAACCAGACCAUACAUUUUAAGAAGCUCAUUUUGAAGUACCUCAUUAUGGACUUAUUUCGCAACAUAAGUGUACCAGAAUUUUCAAAAAUGACAAAUAAUAGAACCCAUUUUUUUGUGAACCCACAGAAAUGUGCAUCUAGUUACCCCCUCACAAAUGAGGUAGAUAAAAAUAGGGACCUCCUAAAAAGGGUUGAGAGGUACCAUUUAAAAUUUGUUGCUAAUAUUUAUGACAUGAAGUUUGUUCAGCUGUACUGGGAUGUGUUCGUGACUUGCUUGGUGAAGAACGUCACGGCGAGUGUGCUGCCCUUCGAGGAGCACUGCAUGGUUAUGCGCUCCCUGUUGUUGCUUUACCUGGAAAGUUGCGCGUAG